GGAGGGGGGGCAUCCUUCAGAACCUUUUUUGUUCUUUAUACAAGUGGUUCAGAUUAAAGGUGAAAAGGGGGGGUUGUAGAAUGAGAGGGUUGUUUGGUCAGGAGAUCGUUUGGAUGACGGACACCGAGAGGCAGUAGCUCUCCCUCUGCAAAGCGAAUCUCUGCGCCCUUGGAAUAUUCUCACAGAGGCACGGUUACACAGUAGAAAUAUUUUCUCAGUUUGCAGUCGUAAUCCACGGGACGAGUUUGCCCACUGCAGGGGCUGCUGCGGCUUUUGCGUCUAUUCUGUUUUGAAUUCAUAUCUCCUUGACGGACGGGCGCGUGAGGAUCCCGGACGAGCCCGAAUUUGCAAUGCCCGAGCAGUGAGGGCACGGUGGGAUUUCAUUUGGUCACCCUGCACAGUAGCAUGGCUCCAGCCCGGAGGGACUGCAGCGGCUGGGAGAUGUUCCUCCCGACGGGAUGCCUGCUCCUCUCUGUUUUGCUAUUUCACCCUGCUCUAACCAAGGUGUGCAACGACCGCACCAAACACGGACAGGACAACAGCUGGUUCACCAGGGACGGGGAAAACUUGCCCAUAAUGGUUCUUAUGCCCAUGAACGAGUCGGCCCUGAUGAGCAGCAUCAGCCAAGGAAUCGAGCCGGCGGUUCAGCUGGCCAUCCAACACAUAAGGGAGUCCGGGAAGUACUCGUUCUCACUCAUCACCAAAAUAUACGACACCGAGUGUGACAAUGCCAAGGGGCUGAGGGCCUUCUUUGAUGCCAUUUGUUACGGGCCCAAACACCUGAUGAUCUUCGGCGGCGUCUGCCCCUCUGUAACAUCCAUCAUUGCAGAGUCCUUGGAAGGAUGGAAUCUGGUGCAGCUAUCCUUUGCAGCGACAACUCCUGUUCUAGCAGACAAGAAAAAAUACCCCAACUUCUUCCGCACUGUUCCGUCAGACAAUGCCGUGAACCCAGCGGUGGUGAAGUUUCUCAACUACUACAACUGGAGCCGUGUGGGGACCCUCACACAGGACGUUCAGAGGUUCUCAGAGGUGAGGAACGAUCUCACAAAUGAGCUGGAGAAAGCAAACAUUGAGAUUGCAGACACAGAGAGUUUCUCCAAUGAUCCCUGUGGCAAUGUCAAAAAGCUGAAGGACAAUGAUGUGAGGAUCAUCAUUGGCCAGUUUGAUGAGAACCUGGCCUCCAGAGUCUUCUGCUGUGCGUAUAACCUGAACAUGUUUGGGAGUAAAUAUCAGUGGAUUAUCCCUGGCUGGUAUCAGGGCAACUGGUGGGAACAGGCCAACAACACCAACUGCACCACCAAGAAGCUUCUCACUGCCAUGGAGGGAUACAUUAGCGUGGACUUUGAGCCACUCAGCGCUCGGCAAAUCAAGGGCAUCUCUGGCAGGACCCCUAAGGAAUACGAGAGGGAGUAUAGCAGAGAACUUCAGCAGAAAGGCGUGGAGGCAAGCAAGUUUCAUGGUUUCGCUUACGAUGGGAUCUGGGUCAUUGCCAAAACGUUGACGAGAGUGAUGGAACUGCUGCGGAUAAAACAACGGCAAAACAUGUACCACAACUUCACCGUGGACGACCGUGAAGUAGGAAAAAUGGUGCUGGACGUCAUGAAUGAAACCAACUUCUUUGGUGUUACGGGCCAAGUCAUGUUUCGUAAUGGAGAGAGAAUGGGCACAAUAAAAUUCAACCAGUUUCAAGAGGGACAGGAAGUGAAAGUCGGUGAAUACAAUGCAAUUGCUGAUGUGCUGGACCUCAUCAACAACUCCAUCAGGUUCCAAGGUGUAGAGCCACCGAAGGAUCGGACGUUUGUGCGUCUGCAGAGGCGCCACAUCAACGUGCCGCUCUACAGCAUCCUGUCCACCAUCACCAUACUGGGCAUGCUCAUGGCCGGGGCCUUCUUGUUCUUCAACAUCAAGAAUCGGAAUCACAGAUUAAUCAAGAUGUCCAGUCCCUACAUGAAUAACCUGAUCAUCCUGGGAGGCAUGCUCUCCUAUGCAUCUAUCUUCCUGUUUGGUCUGGACGGAGGUUUUGUUUCUGACAAAGAGUUUGAGACCCUCUGCACCGUUCGGACGUGGAUCCUCAUUGUUGGAUACACAACAGCUUUCGGAGCCAUGUUUGCCAAGACCUGGAGGGUACACGCCAUCUUCAAAAAUGUGAAGAUGAAGAAGAAGAUCAUAAAGGACCAGAAGCUGUUGAUUAUCGUUGGCGGGAUGCUGCUAAUCGACUUAUGCAUCCUCAUCUGCUGGCAGAUUGUGGAUCCACUUAGGAGGACUGUGGAGGAAUACAGCCUGGAGGCCGACCCCCAAGGCCGAGACAUUGCCAUCCGACCUUUCUUGGAGCACUGUGAGAACACCCACAUGACCAUUUGGCUGGGCAUCGUCUAUGCCUACAAGGGGCUACUAAUGCUGUUUGGGUGCUUUCUGGCAUGGGAGACCAGGAAUGUGAGCAUUCCCGCUCUGAACGAUAGCAAAUAUAUCGGAAUGAGCGUGUACAACGUCGGAAUCAUGUGCAUCAUUGGCGCCGCGGUGUCUUUUCUGACGAGGGACCAGCCCAAUGUCCAGUUCUGCAUUGUAGCGCUGGUGAUCAUCUUUUGUAGCACCAUCACGCUCUGUCUGGUCUUCGUUCCCAAGCUAAUUACGAUGAGAACAAACCCAGACGCAGCCACCCAGAACCGCAGAUUAAAGUUCACCCAGAAUCAGAAGAAAGAAGACUCCAAGACCUCCACCUCAGUCACCAGCGUCAACCAAGCCAACACUUCUCGACUGGACGGCCUUCAGACUGAUAACCACCGCCUCCGUAUGAGGAUAACAGAGUUGGACAAAGAGCUGGAGGAAGUGACCAUGCAGCUGCAGGACACGCCGGAGAAAACUCCCUACAUUAAACAGAACCAUUAUUCGGAUGCCAACAACAUUCUCAGCAUACGCAACUUUACAGAUGGCAAAGAUGGAGAAAAGUCGAUACUGAAGAACCACCUAGAGCAGAAACCACAGGCGCAGUGGGGCUCCAUGGAUCCUUCCAGAAUAAACAGAGGUCCUCUCGAGGAUAUCAACUCACCAGAACACAUACAGCGUCGACUGUCUUUGCAGCUGCCCAUCCUCCAUCAUGCCUACUUACCUUCCAUAGGAGGGGUAGAUGCUAGCUGCACCAGCCCUAAUGGCAGCCCUGGUUCGAGCCCAAGGCACAGACACAUGCCCCCCUCCUACCGGGUAAUGGUCUCUGGCCUGUGAGCUUCAUUCACUCCCCCACCUGGCUCUUUGCAGAGGAGACAUAUGUGAUUCUUUUUUUCUACAAUAGACUGAUAUCAUCAGCGUAAGUGCGUAUUUUGUCUCGGAUCAAGGAGGACAGGGAGAGAAGGGAGGGGGGGGAGGGGGGUUCACUCUUCAUACCUCUUCACCUUGGUCUUCUUGUAAACUGAUAUCCUCAGUCAGGAUGGGGUAUGAGGAGACAGAGUGAGCACUGGAUGACCCUUAAAAACUCCUUUAAUUAACAUCCCCUUGUCCAUUUGCCCCCCCGCCUGCCUAGGCAUAUACACAUAUGCACAGUCAAACACAGAUAGGCUAUAUACAAAUACACACACAUGCACAAAUAUAGCGACACCCCAAUAGCUGUGGUGGACCAACCCUAAUGAUGUGUAGCCUUAUCUGCUUCAGAGGGGAUUGUCUGUUUCUGUUCCUAAUCUGUUGUAUGUAUGUGCUCGCAGCAACACGUAAGUUUGUCAUCUAACUUGAGUAUUUCACUGCUUCAGUGACUGGAUAAUGGUUUGGAGAGGAGGAAUCUGCAAAAUCCAACAAAAGGAAAUCAUCAAAUUUACUGCUUUACCCUUUCCCAAUCUUGUCCAGAUAUGUAAAUAUCAUCAUUUUUAACAUUGAUGUACUGUAAGCUUUGUAUAUGCUGUGAAUGGACAAUUAAGUUGGUUCUAAGCGUGAGGCUUAUAACAGAGGCAGGUAGGCAUGACAAUUUCAGAUGAAAAGCGUAUAAAACAUGGCAUCCUACAAAUUAGACAUAUGUAUGAGAGAUAUAGAUUUUUCUGUAACUGUUAAUCAAUUAGCUUGUGGGCAGCAAAGUAAGAUACAUCAAAGUCUGAGUCACCAAAUAUCAAAAUGCACCAGUGCCCAUUUUUUUUAAAUUUAAACAACUUGGUUCUUUUUUAUUUUAUUUUGUUU